CACGAUUCUUAAUUUUUGACACACAGAGAUAGAUCUAUCAUUUUCUUCUCUCUUCUAGUUAUAGAUCUGAAUUCAUUUUGGGAAUAGAAAAUCGUGAACUUCAAUUCACCCGACCAAUUGUAUAUCUCAGCAGAUUCACAACCACCAACACCACCACCGCCACCUACUCCGCCGCAACGGUCAUCACCAUGCCGAAAAUGCCGCUCACCGUUUUCCUCUUCCUUCUCCUCCUCUCCCUCACCACCCUAACCACCGCCGAGAUCAAAUCCCUAAAGAUCACCGACGACAAUCGGCCCAUGAUACUCUUCGAGAAGUUUGGCUUCACCCACACCGGCCACGUCUCCGUCGCCGUCUCCGCCGUCUCCGUCACCUCCACCAUCCGCCGCCCUGACCCCUCCCGCCACGGCUUCUUCCUCCUCUCCGAAGAAUCCCUAAUCCAAGUCCUCAUCGAGCUCCAACAAAACCCUAGCUUCUGUGUCAUCGACUCCAAGUACAUCAAACUCCUCUUCACCUUCCGCGACCUCUCUCCCCCUCUUCACAACUCCUUCAACCAAUCCGAACCUGUCAUUGCCCCCAAUGAAUACAGCCUCUUCUUCGCCAAUUGCGAAGCAGACAGCCGCGUCACCAUGGAUGUACGCACCGAGGUCUACAACCUCGACCAAGGCGGCGUCAAAGACUACCUCUCCGCCGGACUCACUCACCUCCCCACCCUCUACUUCCUCUUCUCUUGCGUAUACUUAGCUUUCCUAGUCCUUUGGGCCUACGUUUGCCUCACCAACAAGCGAUCCGUCCACCGGAUCCACCUCCUCAUGGCCGGAUUGCUCCUCAUGAAGGCCCUGAAUCUGAUCUGCGCUGCCGAGGACAAGCACUACGUGAAGCUCACCGGCACGCCUCACGGCUGGGACGUUUUGUUCUACAUUUUCCAAUUCCUUAGGGUUGUGUUAUUGUUCACGGUGAUCGUGUUGAUCGGGACUGGAUGGUCUUUCUUAAAACCCUUUUUGCAAGAGAAGGAGAAGAAGGUGUUGAUGAUUGUGAUUCCGCUUCAGGUCUUGGCCAAUGUGGCUUCGAUCGUGAUCGGUGAGACUGGGCCGUUCAUUAAGGAUUGGGUUACAUGGAAUCAAGUGUUUUUGUUGGUAGAUAUUGUGUGUUGUUGUGCCAUUCUUUUCCCGAUUGUAUGGUCGAUCAGAACGUUGAGAGAGACCUCGAAGACGGACGGAAAGGCCGCCAGGAAUUUGGCUAAAUUGACUCUGUUUAGGCAGUUCUAUAUUGUGGUGAUUGGGUAUUUGUAUUUUACGAGAAUUGUUGUGUUUGCGCUGAGGACGAUCGCUGCAUAUAAGUAUCAGUGGGUGAGCAAUGCUGCUGAGGAAAUUGCGAAUCUUGCAUUUUACAUGGUGAUGUUUUAUAUGUUCAGGCCGGUGGAGAGAAAUGAGUACUUUGUUCUUGAUGAGGAGGACGAAGAGGCGGCGGAGAUGGCCCUUCGAGAUGAAGAAUUUGAGCUCUGAAACCCUUCUAGGAAGAAGAUAUUGGUGAUAGGUUGGUUCGCCUCACAUGGAUAUACUGCUCUCAUAUUGUCACACAUUGUGAGUUGCUUAAUGAAUUUAUAACUGAAUUUUCCUGCGUAAUACUGUUUUCCCUCCCUCUCUUUUCUCUUUUGUUCUUUUUUUUUUUUUCCCUGUUAAUUAAACUUUGGUCUUCACGGAGCAGUGAUUGUAUUUUAUGCUGAUCAAAUUAUUAUGUCAUUUGACUCAUUUUGUUGCUA